AUGGAGUUCUGCGACUGGCACAGGAUCACGUGCAGCGCGACUUCCCCCCGGCAUGUCGUUGCGCUGGACCUUGAAUCCCAAGGCAUCUCAGGCACCAUAGCACCUUGCAUCGCCAACCUCACUUGGCUGGCAAAGCUCCAGCUGUCCAACAAUAGCUUUGGUGGCGGUGUACCGUCCGAGCUUGGCCUCCUGGGCCGACUCACCAACCUCAACCUCAGCAUGAACAGUUUGGAAGGUAACAUCCCACCUGAACUCUCUGCAUGUUCCCAGCUCCAAAUUCUGGGCUUGUGGAACAAUUUCCUCCAUGGAGAGAUCCCACAUAGCCUUAGCCAAUGCAAGCGCCUUCAAGAGAUUAACCUUGCAAACAACAAGCUCCAAGGGAGCAUUCCUCCUGCUUUUGGAGACCUUCCUGACCUGCGCAUACUAGUUCUCGCCAAAAAUACACUUACUGGCACCAUACCGUUGUCUUUGGGAAGCAGUCGUCAUCUUAUGUAUGUCGAUCUCGGGAUCAAUGCUCUUGGAGGGGUCAUCCCGGAGUCCUUGGCAAAUAGUUCAUCUCUUCAAGUACUUAGGCUCAUGAGCAAUAGUCUUACUGGAGAACUCCCAAAGGCUCUCCUCAACACUUUGUCACUAGGUGCCAUUUGCCUCACAAGAAACAAUUUUGUUGGUUCCAUACCUUCUGUUACUGUCACCUCUUCCCCUCUUAAGCAUCUCUAUUUAGGGGAAAACAAUCUUUCAGGAAGAAUACCUUUCUCACUAGGGAACCUUUCCUCCCUACUUCAUCUUCAUCUCACAAACAAUCAUUUAGUUGGGAGCAUCCCGGAGAGCUUAGGUUAUAUUCCAACAUUAGAGAAAUUGAUCUUGAGUGCAAACAACUUAUCUGGACCGGUUCCACCGUCUAUCUUCAACAUGUCAUCCCUGAAAAGUCUCGCCGCAUUCGACAACUCACUUGUCGGAAGAUUACCCUUCGACAUCGGCUACACCCUCCAUAAUAUUGAGUACUUAAUACUCACAGGGAACAAUUUUGAUGGACCAAUUCCAGCCUCUCUUCUCAAAGCUUACCGCCUAUGCUGGCUUCUCCUUGAUAGUAAUAGAUUUAUUGGAUCCAUACCAUUCUUCGGUUCAUUGCCAAAUUUGGAGCGUCUCGAUUUGGCAUCCAACAAGCUAGAAGCAGAUGAUUGGGGAUUUGUCUCUUCACUAUCUAACUGCUCCAGAUUGUACAUGCUGGCCCUGGAUGGAAACAAUCUUAAUGGGAAAUUGCCAAGUUCUAUUGGAAAUCUUUCAAAUAGUCUUGACUCCUUGUGGCUGAAUAGCAACCAAAUUUCUGGACCUAUACCACCGGAGAUUGGCAACCUUAAGAGCCUCAGUACAUUGUACAUGGAUUACAAUUUUUUCACUGGUAAUAUACCACCAACAAUUGGGAAAUUGUACAAAUUGGUCGAGCUAUCCGUUGCACAUAACAGCUUUACUGGAUCCAUACCAUAUUUCGGCUCAUUGCCAAAUUUGGAGGAACUCGAUUUGGCACACAACAAGCUAGAAGCAGAUGAUUGGGGAUUUGUCUCUUCACUAUCUAAUUGCUCCAGGUUGACCAUGCUGGCCUUGGAUGGAAACAAUCUCAAAGGGAAAUUGCCAAGUUCUAUUGGCGAUCUUUCAAACAGCCUUGACUCGUUGUGGCUGAGUAACAACGAAAUUUCUGGACCUAUACCACCGGAGAUUGGCAACCUUAAGAGCCUCAGUACAUUGUACAUGGAUUACAAUUUUUUCACUGGUAAUAUACCACCAACAAUUGGGAAAUUGCACAAUUUGGUCAAACUACACUUAGCACAAAACAUGCUUUCAGGCCAGAUUCCAUAG